AUGUCGCCCACCUACUCGCGUCAUCCCCACGGUCUGGACCUCCACACCUCCUCGUCCAUGCCCCCGCCCACAGAAAGGCUAUAUGGCGACAUCGACACGCCCCACGUCCCCCACAUCCAUACAGCCGCACGGAGCUACUCGACGAGCGUCCCUGCCUUUGCCCAGGACGAGUAUGCGCCCCCGCCCUUGCUCACCGGCGCGCGAUACGCCGAUCCCGCGCCCCACCGUAGCGCGGGUAGCGUACACGCCCACGACCGCUCGCUCAACCCCUACCUCUACCCCUCCGACUACGAUCCGUCGAGCGGCGGCGGCGACAUGUAUCACAACCAGCAACGAUACCCCGAGCCUGUUUCCUCAUACCCGCCCCCAACCCUCGAUACCCACACCUCUGUCCGCAUCAGCGCGCCCGUCGAGGCGCAUAUGAUGCCCGAUUCCGCGUCUCCCUCAGCGUCGACAUCGACGUCCGUCCCAGAGUACCGCCAGCCGUCCAUGCGCGCGUACCACCAGCCCCGGCAGCAAUCGACCCCAGGCGCCUUCUACACCAGCCCGCAGGCGUACCACCAGCCGAGUGCGUACCCUGCAGCAAGGCGCACGUCGCUCAUCGGCGAGCCGAUCCAGUCCUCGAGGCGCUACUCCCAGUCGAUGACGUACGAGGCGCCGAGUGCCGACGCAGCGAGCAUGAGCGGCAGUAGCGGCAGCGAAAAUCAUACCCACCCCCAUAAUCAUACCCACCCCAACACCAGCACGAAUACCCCCAGCACCACAGGACAGUAUCACACGCACGCGGCAUCCUCCAUUCCCAUGAGUAACACCCCCCACCAACACCAAAACUAUGCGUCGGCACACCAGCAACAGCAACAGCACAGUCAGCAUCACGGUCAACAGCAGCAUCUACGGCAAAGUCAGCAGCACCAGCACCAGCAGCAAUCGCACUUACAGCAUCACCAACAGCAUUCGCAUUCACAGUCCCACCACCCCUCGUCCUACUACGGCAACACCGAAAGCAGCAGGAGCAGCAGUCGCCAGCCGGAUGACGAUGGCCCCUACAGCCUCACAAGCCAUUCGCGUCAUCCCGACAUCCACCACCCCCACUCAACCCCGACCUACGCACACCAAGCCCAAACCCAAACGCAUCACCAAUAUCCCCAGGCCUUCCGCCCGCGCUCAUCCACGACCGGUUCCUCGACGUCCACAUCUACCGUCGGUCCUGGACUCGGUAACAGCGGGCCGGUAUAUGCCUCCAACGCCAACGCCGCGUCCUCCUCCACGUCCACGAGCGGUAUGGGUAUGGGCUUUGCGGGAGCGGGUGGAGCAGGGCCGAGUGGCCGACCCCUGCUCGCGCGCGAGAGCCCCACCGCGUCGGACGAGGACGGUGAGGUUGAGAGCGGGAGUGGUACCGGCGCGCGCGAGUUUGGGAACGAGUUUGGCGGUGAGUAUGGGUACGCCCACCAGGGUUCGACAGCCCUUUCGACGUCAGCGACAGGGACAGGGUUCGAAGGCGAGCUUGAGGGGGGCAGCGGCGGCGAGCGGUGGCCUGGCUCGGGCUCGGGCUCGUCUGCGGGUUCGGUUUCGGGUGCGGGUAUGGGUGUAGGUGUGAGUACGGCUGCGACGGGCAGCGGAGAGAGGUGGCGAGGCGGGAGCAGCGAGCGUGGGCGGGGCGUAGGGGACCUUCGAGGUGGCGUAGGCGGUCAUCGAGGUGGUGGUGCAGGAGGAGGCAGGGAGAGGAGCGAGGACGGCAGCGAGGGCGGGCGGAGCGCCGGCGCGCAUUCAGGCUCGGGCUCGGGUUUGGGCUCGGGAACGCCCCCUGCAGGAACGCCGCCUACGCCGUCUCAUCCUCCUGCUGUACACGUCCAUGCGUAUGCGUAUGCAGCGCAUGCUCAGGUUCACCCGUACUCCCACUCCCACACCCAUGCUCAGACCCAAGGCCAGGGUGCAGGGGUCGUCCACCCACCCCCGCCUGCGCCGCACCAACAACAUCAGCAACACCAGCACCGCCAGCCCCAACAGCACCAUCACGGCGAGAAGCGGAAAGCGGGCGUCGCGGUGGACGACCUCGCUGGAGAGGUUGCGAGUGCAAGGAUGGGCGGCACGGGGCCUGCCCUCACGCUUGGUGGGCCGUCCGGACUUGGUAGUUCUGCUGGUCUGCCCGGGUCUUCUGGUCUGCCGGGCUCCUCUGGCGCGGGUUUCGGAGGGAUAGGAAGUGCGGCUGGUGCGGGUGCAAGUGGGAUGAACGGUGGUGCAAGCGGUGGUGGAGGGCCAGGUAGAGGUGGUGGUGGUGGUGGUAUUGGGGCAGGAGCAGGGCAGGGCAGGAGGCGCAGGAGCCCCCUUCGACACGGGGCCGGUGCUGAAGAAGAAGAAAAAGUCCAAGAUGCACGAGUGUGA